AUGAAGCUGCUCCUACCAGGACCUCCAAUUAUUUCCGCAGGCGUUGCUAUCCACUGCAUUUUGCUCUUUCUGCUCUUUGGGUCUGCGCUUCGUGCCCCGAUGGCAACCGCUUUUACUACAAGGCAGAGAAUACUACAAGUGCAUCAAGUGGGUCGUGUACCUGCAUCCCUACGGAUAUCCCCCCGCAUGGCUGCCACUACUAGCAGCAGUACCAGCAACAAGUACACCCAUCAAAAAAAGCACCACAAGAAACCUCUUUCCAAGAGCCGAAAACGGUAUCUCGUCAAAUCCAUGUUCCUUCAGGCCAAGGCUCUGGAACGUCAAGGACAAUGGAGACGAGCGUCCCAUAAGUUUCAUCAAAUCUUGGAGAUGGACCCUUUCGAUGCCCAUAGUCACUUGGGAUUGGCAAGACUGCAAGCCAGGAGAGAACAGGCCCAUCAUCGACAAUCAGCUACUAGCAAUACUACCAGUAACACCAAUUCCACCAGUGCCCGACAGGCAUUUGAACGAGGCACUGCCUGUUGUCCCAAGAGCAUUCAUCUCUGGCAAGCAUGGGCGCUCUACGAAGAAACCCACGGCAAUUUGGACACGGCAAGAAAUCUUUACCAACGAGCCUUGCAAAUUGAUUCUUACAAUCCCUACGUCUGCCACGCUUACGGACUCAUGGAACAAAAAAAGUGCAACCAAGCACAGCAUGCCCAACAGCUCUGGGAACACGCGUUAGAACGAACCAGUACGGCGGCCUUGGUUUGUUCCUUGGGAGAAUUGUUCUUGGCACAGAAUUUGCCAGCAGAAGCGCGCGAGUUAUAUCAACAGCACUUGCCCCACUUGACUACUGACAAGGACAAGACCGAAGUUUAUCUCGCCAUGGCAUGGUUGGAAGAACGAUAUUACGACGAUGUGCAAACCGCACAUGAACUCAUACAAAAUGCCCUAAAGCUGCAUCCCACGUCCAGUAUUGCCCAUGUCGCUCUGGCGCGCCUGGAAGGACGGAAAAGUCAACAACACGGGGGCAAUCGAAGUACCAAACGAGCCGUGGCUAAAGUUCUCGCCAAUGCUUGUCGGCACAUGGAACAGCAAACCGGCAGCGCCACAGACGAGGCCCCAAAAAAACGGCAUCACGAUGGAGGACGCGUCUACAAUGCAUGGGCCCAACUCGAAGUCAAGGAUCGAAACUGGGACAAGGCACGCAUCAUUUUAGCCAAGGGAAUACAAAGAUAUCCCAAGGAUCCAAUGCUCUUGCAAGCUGCCGGAAGUGUAGAAGAACGUGUUGGAAACUUUUCCGGUGCCAGGGAUUUGUACAGUGCCAGUCUUGCCAUUGAACCCACAGCACCCACUUUGGUAGCCUAUGCCCUUCUAGAAUUGAAACGGCCAUCUCGCAAUCAUAAUAACAACAAAUGCAAUAUCAACAAUAACAACAAAACGGCAACAACCAACAAGUACGACGAUUAUGUCAAGGGGCUCUUGGAAGAAGCAUUGCUCUUGGAUCCACGACAUGGACCGGCGUACAAUGCCUAUGGUACCGCAGAACUCAAACAUGGGACGGCAGAAGGGGCGCGACAAAUUUUUGAACGCGGCGUCCGGGCCAAAUGUGCCGAUGCGGCUUCCAUCUAUCACGGCUAUGCCAAAAUGGAACUCUCUCUCGGCAACGUCGACGCCGCCAAGGCCACGCUCCGAAAAGGAUUGCAAAAAGCACAACUCAAUGACGUGGGAAUGGAUUCACAGCAUCGAGAACGAGCUCUCUUCUUGUCGCACACGCUGGGAAUGUUGGAAUUGAACAGUAAUCGACCCACCGAGGCAUUGGAAGUGUUUGUCCAAGGCAUUAAUCGAUACGGAAAUUCAUCGCAACUUUUGCUGGGAGCGGCACUUUGUGAAGCAAAAUUGGGAAAACAAGAAGCUGCCCAAGAACUCUUUGAACGAUCGGUGCUGGUGGAUAGCAAGCAUGCACAGGCUUGGCAGGCAUGGGGUGUCAUGGAAAUGAGAGCGGGGAAUAUUAGUACGGCACGGAAAUUAUUUGACUGCGGUGUAAAGAGUGCUCCCAAUCACGGUUCCUUGUGGCAAGCCUAUGCCACAAUGGAAGGACGGAUUGGAGAUGUUGACAAAGCCAGAAGCCUGUUUUUUUCCGGGAUCCGCAAGGCUCCUCGUCACGUUCCCCUGUACCAAAGCUGGGCCACGCUGGAAUUGCGAGAAGAUAAUGUCGAUACAGCAAAACGGCUGUUGACCAAAGCAUUGACAAUCAACAAACGAAGCGGAGCCAGUUGGCUGAUAGCUGCCAACAUUGAACAGCGCCUUGGAAACGAUGGUUUGGUGGGGCUCAUUCUGAGACGUGGGAUUGAAUGCGCCCCAACCGAUGCGGAGCUCUAUCGGGCGCUUGGAGAGCAUUUGGUCCGAAAAGGUGACAUUGUCAAUGCUAGAGAGAUUCUCGAGAAUGGAAUCGAAGUCAAUCUGCUUCACGCUCCAACUUACCAUUCCCUGGCAGAGCUAGAAGCCCGAGUCUUCAACGUGGAGGGCUUGGCCAAGCUGCAUAAAAAGGCGUCUCAAAUCUUCAACAACAAUGCCCUGCAACCUGUCAAUCCAUCAACAUCUCAAGUCUGGGGUGCCAACAUCCGUGCCCGAAAACACAACAAAGUCCCCAAGGGCAUUGCAGCACUGGCAGAAAAAAUUGUGGACGACGACCGUAGCCAAUCUCAGGACGAAUAUGACGAUGACAUGGAUCCGUUUGAAGCUCUAGAAAGCAUUAGCUCGAGCUUCAUAAUCGAGGGUGACUUGCUGGGUGAUCUGCUUCCAACUACAACUGGCAACAACUCAACCAAAGAGCUUUCGUAG